AUGUCUUUGCCAAGAUAUCCUAAAGACUUAGCUGUGAUUAUUGUCAAGGCUAAAGGUAGAGGAAACACAUUCAGAGAUGUGACUGUGCGAAAGCAAAAAGUGCACAAUGCUUUAGUUUGGCUUAUCAAUAAUAAUCCUCAUUAUUCUGAGUUAUUAAUUAAUCAAGAUGCAUUAAAUUCCUUACCUGAAAAUGGUGUACCACCAGGUCUCAUGACUGUUGAGACUGAUGAUGAUAUAGUCUCAGAUGACAAUUGUUCUCCUGAUGUAGGUCCUCCUACUGAUAAUCCAUCAGAGGAUAUUGUUUAUAAUGACUCUACUGAAAUUAGUAGUUUUUUACCUGUUGGUGAACAACAACAAACGGAAAUUGAAGCUGUUAGAAAUCAGCUGUCUGAAAAUGAGCCAAUGCCAUGGCCCUCGGUUGAAAAUGAGCCAAUAAAUGAGUAUCAGAUAUCACAUCUGGCCACAAUGGCUUUCCCGACAUUAUUUCCAGAUGGGAAAGGUGAUCCUACUAAUCAAGGACUUCUGAGAGAUGUCCCUCUUCAGGAACGAAUAAAGCAUCUUCUAAAAUUUGCUGAAAUUAUUGAUGGUAAAUGGGUAUACCGUUUUGCUAACCACCCCAGAUUUUCUUAUUGGGCUUUUAACAUGAUUCAAAGAAAACGAAUUUUACAACAAAGUGGAAUAUUCCUCAAACAGAACCCAGGAGAAGCUCAUCUCACAAUAGAUGAACUGCGUGAAAUGGCUGUCAGUAACAAUGCUAGUGUAUUUAUGUCAAAAGUGUCGAGAUAUGUUGGCAAUAUUGCAGGUACUAAUGCUUACUGGAAUAGAGUAAGAGAGGAACUCAAAGCUAUCAUAACUAGUGUUGGAGCACCAACAUUAUUUUUCACUUUCUCUUCUGCAGACAUGCAUUGGCCUGAGUUACAUUCUUUAUUUAAAACUGAUACUGACAAUGAGUUAGGUAACUCUACCAGUGAUGUAAGACGACAAAAUGUGAUCAACAAUCCCCAUGUUGUAGAUUGGUUUUUCACCCAAAGAUUAGAAAGCUUUGUAAAACACUGGCUUUAUGAUACACUUGGUGCAAAAUGGCACUGGUUUCGAUAGGAAUACCAAGGUAGAGGUAGUAUCCACUGUCAUGGUACUGCUAAACUAAAUAAUGACCCAGGUUUGUGUCAACUUACUCAGACUGCUUUGAAAGGUUUCUUAGCUCAAAAAUUUAAAGAUGAAAAUGAUUGUUCUGACACAACUGAACUAGACCAGGAUAUUGAAGCUGGGCAGAAAGCAGCUGACACAGUAUGUCAGUAUGUUGAUUGGUUAUUAUCAACCGUCAAUCCUAAUCCACCAGAUGAGGACACGUGGAUAAGACCUGGGGUUCAUCCAUGUCAAAGAAGUCAUGACAUUCCUGAACAUGAAAAACAAUCAGAUUAUGUAGAUCUAUUAAACAUGGUUCAACGACAUACUCGUUGCAGUACAAGUUAUUGUCUUAGAAAGAAGUCAAAUGAAACAGAGUUGAAAUGUAGAUUUCAUUUCCCUUUUGAUAUUUGUCCUAAGACAAAAUUAGAAUUUGAAAAAAUUCAUACUUCAGGUGAUAAUGAGCAUUAUCGAGCUAAGAUUGUGACUAAACGAAAUGACUCUAGAUUAAAUAACCACCAACAACUUCAGCUCCAAGGAUGGAGAGCUAACUGUGAUAUUCAAGUUGUUAUUGAUCACUAUGCUUGUGUUGAAUAUCUCACAAAAUAUGCAGCUAAAGGUGAACCAAGAUCACCUAUAUUGAAACAGGCAUUCAAUUCUAUUGUGCAAAAUGUCGACAGUAAUACUGACCCUCGUAGAGUUAUUAAGAAGGUAGUUAUGAAAUCUCUUGGUGAAAGAGAUUAUGCAGCUCAAGAGACCAUAUUGUCUUUAAAACUCCACAGCUCAUCCUUUAAAGUGAUGUCAGUUAGUCUAAAUGGUUCACGUAGAGUGCGUGAUAGUGCAAGUAUUGAUGAGGGUGAAUCGUGCACCGAUUAUUCACUUCUUGAUGUGUAUGCUAAUCGUGAACAAUAUGAGAGUUCGCAAAAUAUAAUAAAUAUGAACUUUGUUGAAUUUGCUACAACAUACAAAGUUGUUAACAAUGAAUUGACAAAAUUGCCAGAGAAUAUUAUACCACGAAUAUUUCCAACAUAUUCUCCUAAUCCCAAAGGUCCAAAUUUUGGCCUAUAUUGUAAAUAUCAACUUUUGAGGUAUAAACCGUGGAGAACAACCCAAAAUAAUGCAUGGGGUGACCAAGAACCAACUGACGAGGUUCUGAUCAAUUGUUGGCAUGAAUUUUUACAAACACCUUAUGGGCAGUCUAAUGUUCCAGACUGGUUUGAUAAAUUACAAGCUGUCAUUCAAACUCAAGAAUCAGAAGAUGAACCUUCUGAAGAACAGGAGACAACUCGAGAAGAGUGGAUGAUAUUAUCAGACCUCAACACUCCUUUUGACAACUCUGAACAAACACCAGAGUCCACAUAUGACUGGCAUCUUGACAGAGCCAAUUAUUCUCAACAACAAAUCCAAGAAAUGCCAACAUGGAUAAAAACAAACAAAGAGGAAUACACUAUUGAUGAGCAAUAUGAUGUUGUUGACAUCAACAGUUUUAGUGAAAUGCAAAAACUUGCUUAUGAUAUUGUUAAGUUUCAUUUUGAUGAUAUAUCAUCUGAGAAAGAGCCAUUAUGUCUCAUUAUAAAUGGUGUUGCAGGAACCGGUAAAAGUUACCUUAUUAAUGCUAUUAGAAAUCUUUUGCAAAGUAAAUGUGCUGUUGUGCUACCACAGGUAAAGCAGCUUAUAACAUUAGAGGUGUAACUGUGCAUUCUCUAUUAAAGUUACCUAUAGGAUCAAGAGGUAAAAAAGACCUAACAGGACAAAGCUUGUGUAGGUUACAAGAGAGUGUUAAUAACAUUGGAUACAUCAUUAUUGAUGAAUACUCCAUGUUUGGCCAAGUUACUUUUGGUUGGAUAGACAAGCGUUGCAAACAAGCAACUGGUUAUAAUGACAAAGUUUUUGGAGGAAAAUCAUUGAUUUUAACUGGUGAACCAGGUCAAUUGCCACCAGUAGCAGAUAAACCUCUUUACCAUGCUAGACCAUCAAACGCUGUUGGUGAACAAGGUCAUCAAGCAUAUCAUAUGUUUGACAAAGUUGUUAAACUCACUGUAAAUCAACGCGUGCAAGGUAUGACAUCUGAGCAAGUACAGUUCAGAGAUUUGUUAUUACGACUUCGCAAAGGCAACUCAACAGUUGAUGACUGGAAGUUACUUCUGACACGUCAACCAUCGAAUGUCACUAAUUUAUGUGACUUUGAAGAUUCUACUAGACUCUUUUAUAGUAAUGAACAAGUUGGUAAUUACAACCAUGAGCAGCUAACAAAACUUGAGCAUCCAAUUGCUCAUAUUAAUGCACGCCAUUCAUCUGCAUUGGCCAAAAAGAUAUCCUCAGAUGAUAUGUCUGGGUUAGAACCCGUUGUGUUUCUAGCAAAAGGUGCUAGGGUCAUGUUAACCAUGAAUUUGUGGUCAAGUGUUGGCCUCUGCAAUGGGGCUACUGGAACAGUUGUUGAUAUUAUCUAUCAGAACAACCAUCAACCACCUGACUUACCUAUUGCGGUAAUAGUAGAAUUUGAAAACUAUAGAGGACCUGUUUUUAAUGAAAACCAACCAUUGUGUAUCCCAAUAUAUCCAAUCACUGUCACAUCACAGACAGAAAUAGGUUCCCAUGAGAGACAGCAGUUACCUCUUAGGCUUGCUUGGGCUCUAACAAUACACAAGAGCCAAGGACUUACGCUUCCAAAAGCAUGGAUAGAUAUUGGCAAAUCUGAAAGAACUGCUGGAGUUUCCUAUGUUGCUAUUAGUAGAGUAAAAUCACUUGCAUCUUGUGUCAUUGAACCAAUGACGUAUGAACGAUUAUCAAACUUGAAAUCAUCAGCUAACUUACAAUAUAGGCUUGAAGAAGAAAACAGGCUAGAUCAGUUAGCACAGGCUACUAGCAGUGCAUUUAGAACAACAAACUAUUGA